CCAACAGAAGUUGACCCAAUAAAAGAUAUUACCUCACCCACCUUGUCUCAUUAAACCAUAGGACAGUUUCAUUAUUGUGAAUUUUAUGUUCUCUCUCGCUUGGGCAUAUCUAAACACCAGAUAAAAGAAGUUCUUAAUUUUUUUGUAAGUUUCUCUGUAAUGGCACUGCCCUUAGGUGACACUGCUUGCCUGUUUUUAAACUUUAAAAAAUCUUUUAUAUAAUGUUACUGAUUAUAACUUCCUACUUCAGAUGUAAACUGAGUGCAGUGUAAAAUAUUUUUAGAUUACUGAAAUUGCCUUUAAACCAGCAGUCCCUUUGCUCUCUCAUUAUGUGUCUUAGAAACUAAUCAUUUCAGAUGUUAUAUUUUGUUCAUUUGCUGCCUGUCAGAAUUUCAAAUAUGCCCUUGUGAAAGCUCUGAAUCUGUUAUCUUUUGAAGGAUAAUAGCAGUUUAGGCUUAUGGGGAAAGUAAAAUACACCAAAAUAAUUUAUUUGCACUUAGGCUCUGUUUAGAUCACUUUAUCAUGAUUUUAUGUAUAUAAACUAUGUGGGUAUAUGACACACAAUUGGGAAAUCUGCAGGACAAAGAUCCUAUGGUCUUUCUGCUUCCUGAUGACUGGAAAUGUACAUUCUAUCUUAUUUGAAACGUCUGUGCAUCUAAGUUAAAAUGGUACCAAAAUUGAGUAUGCACAGAACAGUAAUUAGAGCUGAAUUUCUAAUUAUAAUUUUAACGGAAUCUCAUACUCUUGUGCAUUGUGAGAUUCUACUUUGGCAUUGCAUGGAUGAUGCAAACUGCAUAGAACAAGGCUAUCGUAUCCUGUAAUUUAGUUACAGCCCUGAUUACAUUCAUGAUGGUUUAGGUAGAAAUUACAGUUUACAAGAGGAAAGUACAAUGUAAAUGCUGAUACAAUGUUAGGUAGGAUAUGAUGUAUUUGGAUUUUUUUUAAGUAGAUGUGAAUUUGGUGUUCUAAAGAGCUUCCUUCCCAUACUUGAGGUAUCUAAAUGCUCCUUUCAAAGCUAAGAGUUAGGUAUUGGUAGCUCAGUGACUGUGUAGGCAAACAUGUCAGCAUUUAAAGCUCAGUAAUAACUUGCAUACCACCAAAGCAUAUUAGAACCUGCUUUAUUCAUAGAGGCAAUAUUGGCCAGGCUUACCUUAUGCCCUAUGCUCUUUUCUGAAAGCGUUAUUUACUGGCUAGCUACCAGAAGGCAGAAAGGACCUUGAUUCAACAUCUUACAUGAAGAUAACCUUUCUAAGGGACACAUCUUCACUACAAGAAAAACAAUUAACAGUUUCCUGUCUGACUGAGGAGCAUGUGCGUUAUAACACUUCUUAAUGUUGUUGGUAUGUAAGAAAACAGUCUAUAACUGUUGCAGAAAAAUCCCCAAACAUCUUUUUUAUGUUUUAACAAAGGUAAGUGACAAAGCUAGAGUUACUUACUGCAUCAUUUUAAACCGCCCCCACCGCACAGGCAGCAUUAUUCUUGAGGAACAGAAAGUAUACUUCAGCAUAAAAAAUGUUAAAUGAUACAUAUCAGUUAAUAGCAUAUCUUCAAAGAAAAAUUUAGAUAGUGAAAUUAUUUAUCACUGCCCUUGUCCCCCCCCCCAUAGAUUAGAGUUCAGGUUACAAUAUAGUGAAAUACGCAUUUCUUCAUACUUAAUAAACACACACUUUGUACUUAAUAUGUGGGCAGUGUAAAAUUUAUGAUGACCUUAACUACUAAUUUCCUUAAUUUUAGGUGCUUGGAUUUUGUAAAUGAUGUGAGGGAUAACUGUUGUUGCCACUUAACAACACUGACUGUUUUUCAAAACUAAGGGUUUGUUUUUGUUUAUAGAGCUGCGUUUUCCUGUCCACGUCAGCAACAGAAAGUAUUGUAAUACAGAUACCCCUAUUAAAGCAGAGCGCUAUGCUAGUAUGCUGUUUUUCCUGUAGUGUAGACGAAACAAUAUCCCCCUGAAAACGCAUUUGAGUGCAGGGCUCUGAUUCUCCAGCUGACUCCACACAUGCAGUCCCAAUUGCAAGAUUGGGGCCCAAAUCUGUGUAACUCCAGCCGUAAUGAUACUCUAAUAUAAUAACUGUAAUUAGUGUAGUAAGUGAUUAAAUGUAGUGAACACUACAUUUGCUAAUUUUGACAUCAAUAAUCAAAAGAAAACUGACAAGACUGCAGUUCUAAUGAUAUGUUUUAACUAAGCAUUUUAUUUUUGAUUAAGCUGUGUGUGCUUAGAUGUUCAAUUUAGCAGUUAUUCAUGGAGAGAAUCAACAGGACUUGAAAUGUCAAAUUUUUUCUUUACCAAUUGCAGCAUCUCACAACUUAGUGUUCUUUGUUUUGUUUUCUUCCUCCUCCUAAGUCUGUCCUCACUUUCCAUCCAGUGCACAGGGGCUGGUUGCAAUAUUCAUUGGUGUUUGUAAGAUUACAACACUGUUGCAGUCUUCUUUCUAGGUGUCCCUUUUGCCAGUUUAGCAAUUGAUCCAGCAGUUGGAGCUGGCUCAACAGUACAUACUAUGCUCUUUCCUUUACCCUUUUGGCAUUUGCUACAAAUCUGUAAAUGUUAUGCUCAGUCACACUUUUAAAGAAGUUUGAUAAUUGUCUCUCCUUGUGUGUAUUCUCUUUAGCCUUAUGAGAUGAAGAGAGUUGAGACUUGAAAUCUGAGUCAGCAGAAGGAAUUAUCUGGCUUGACUAGCACAGGUGGUCAGGCUCUGCAAGUUAUAUUUGGUCCUGGAAAGAAGAAAUAGAUCAUAUUAGAGAAUAUUCCUUAGUUUACAGAAAGUCUAUCCCUGUGCAGGACAUGUAUACCUCUGAGAAACCUUUUCCAAGAAGAUACCUUGGUUCUAUACCUGUCUCGCGCUAUAUGCAAAGAAGUUUCCAGUCAUGAAUUCAGAUGCCGAGCAGGAUGCUGCUAUCAAACUUGCCCAAGAACGAGCUGAGAUAGUUGCCAAGUAUGACAAAGGACGAGAGGGUGCCCAGAUUGAACCUUGGGAAGAUGCAGACUACCUUCUUUACAAAGUCACAGAUAGAUUUGGUUUUCUACAUACAGAGGAGCUUCCUUUUCAUGAUGCAGCAAUAGAAAGGCAAAAGCACCUUGAAAUUGAAAGAACUACAAAAUGGCUAAAAAUGCUGAAGAGCUGGGAAAAAUAUAAGAACAGCGAAAAGUUCCAUAGGAGAAUUUAUAAAGGAAUCCCACUGCAGCUGAGAGGUGAAAUCUGGUGUUUACUACUUGAUGUCCCUAAAAUGAAAGAAGAAAUGAAAGACUUUUAUAAUAAAUUAAAACAUCGAGCACGAGGGUCUUCACCAGAUAUCAGGCAAAUCGAUCUUGAUGUAAAUCGAACAUAUAGGGAUCAUAUCAUGUUUAGAGACAGAUAUGGUGUUAAGCAACAAUCCUUAUUCCAUGUUUUAGCUGCAUAUUCAAUAUAUAAUACGGAGGUUGGAUACUGUCAGGGAAUGAGCCAGAUCACAGCUUUACUCCUCAUGUACAUGAAUGAAGAAGAUGCCUUCUGGGCCCUGGUGAAACUACUCUCAGGUCCUAAACAUGCUAUGCAUGGCUUUUUUGUUCCUGGUUUUCCAAAACUGUUGCGGUUUCAAGAACAUCAUGAGAAAAUAUUGAAGAAGUUUUUGUCUAAACUUAAGCAACACUUCGACUCCCAGGAGAUCUCCACGAGCUUUUACACAAUGAAGUGGUUUUUUCAGUGUUUCCUUGAUCGUACUCCCUUUACAUUAACUCUCAGGAUAUGGGAUAUCUACAUACUUGAAGGAGAGCGAGUUCUCACUGCUAUGUCUUACACAAUUCUGAAACUACAUAGAAAACAUCUGCUGAAAUUACAAAUGGAAGAACUUGUAGAAUUUCUUCAGGAGACUCUAGCCAAGGAUUUCUUCUUAGAAGAUGACUUUGUAAUAGAGCAGCUCCAAAAUUCGAUGUCUGAACUGAAACGAGCAAAGUUGGAUCUACCAGCAGCUGGUAAAGAAGAUGAAUUUCCAAAGAAGCCGUUGGGACAAAUUCCAUUGGAACCUCAGCCUGCCGUGCUUAAUCUUACUCAUAUGCUCAAUGGACAGAGCAACACUAGUAUUUCAAGAACGCAGACAGCAAGAAGGACAGAAAGGAGACUAUCUCCUGAAAAAGUACAAGAAGAUUCACCAAAUAACCGAAGAAGAAUUAAUUCACUGGAAAAGAAGCCUUCUUUAAAACAACAAAAGCCUGGACCAGUAGUCCGGAGUGAGCUAUCUAAGAAUGACGUAGAUAUCAGAAAAAAGCCUCAGUCAACAGUACAAGACAAUUCUAGACAAUAUAACAAUGCAGCUGCUAACCAAAAUUCUAAUGCUACUUCAGAUACAAGAAGGGAAUUUGUACCUAAAUGGAAUAAACCUUCAGAUAUCAAAGUUAUUGAAAAGACUACAAAACUUACCGUGGAGGUAAAAGGUAGGUCAGUAAACCAUGCUAUUUCAGGCACACCACCAAGUCCUGGUGAACCACAGCCAUUGAAUGUAAAGCAAAAGAUGAGGGGUUUGGAUGCUGAUGGAGGUAAGCGAGGGUCUAACGCAUCGCAGUAUGACAAUAUUCCAGGUGUUGACCAUGAGAAUGAGAAUCCUGUUGAGGAGAUGCUGGAAAGAGCUCAUCCGCAAAGUCCCAGGAAUGUAACAUACUCUAGUAGUCCUAGAAAGCAAGGUGCAAAAAUUCCUGGCCCACUAAAAAUAUCCAACAAUUAUGCCAUCAGUUCCCAACAGAGAAGCCCAAGAUAUUCAUCUCAGUCUGAUGGGUCAGAUCACAGAUCAAAUGUUAAACAGCCACCACCAUCUUAUAGUAACCCACCUACGUACCAAGGAAACACUCCAAAGCAAGCCUCCGGCGCAAUUAGUGCAAGUUUUGUACCUUCACAGUAUAAUCAUGGGUAUCGAACCAACACUUCUGGUAGACCAUAUGGUUCUAUUUUUUCAACAGAUUUUUCUCCAGAUAAACCACAUAUGAACUCUUAUCCUGCCAAUCGCCAAAAUCCUAUUUCUCCACCUUCUAGUCGAAUAGAAGUCUUACCUGUUGAUGCCUAUCCUGGCAACUCUAGAUCACCCUCAGGUGUCAAAUUUAUAAUUCCUCCAGUGGAUUAUUUGCCAGACAACAGAAAGAGGCCGGAUGCUGCUUAUAUGUACAGACAUGAGAUAUACAGGCAGCCCUGGAACCAAGAUGCUAACCAAAGCCACUUGGGUAAUUUACAGAAGUAUGCAGCCAGUCAGCCAACACCUUUUCAGGACCAUAAUCUUCCAACUGUUUCUGUGGAUAGUCCAAUAAGAUAUAGGACUUCACCAACCUUGGAAGAACAUGGUUCAGCACAAUAUCAAUAUUCAGGCCCACCAGCCCCUGCCCAGCACUACAGAAACCAAAAUGAUGGGAUGUCUAUGCAUGAAUCAGUGCUUCUGUGAGAAUCCAUCAAUGCUAACUAAUAAGCAAGAACUGAAAACAUUAGAUAUAUAUUGCUGUGUUUAUAAUUGUCCAAGUCAGUAUUUUAUACAGAACGUGGGCAGUUCAUGCAGUUCUCUGAUAAAGUAAUAACAUUAUUUCAAAGCCGUUUUAAACUUUGGCUGAAAGGUAGUUGAGCUUUUAAACUUGCAUUGAACCUGUUGAAAGGGAUCUGAUGCAUAUAAACAUAGCAAUAGCAGUAGAGUCAUCUGCAAAAUGUGUCUAACACUACCGUGUUUCUGAAAUUUAAAUAAUUUGCACAGAGCUAUGAUCUUUCUGCCUAGCAACUGUAACACAUUUGCAAGCUGUAUUUUGACUGACAUUACAAUGCAGUAAGUGUGCUUGUGCAAAUACACAAACAUGUAUCUGGAGAAGAACUAAAGAGUCUGAAAUGUAGAUGCAUUUACUCUUGGGCUAGGUUAGUGAAGUAUUUUAUUUCAGUUUAAUUAUUUUCUUUGUAAUUUAUUUGAUAAAUGACCCAUUCAUUUUGGAUGGCCUUUCCUGUCUUUGUAUACAAACUGCCUCAGUAACCCAGGAUCUGAUUGAAGUUGGAGAGAUGCUCUGGGUUGUUAAUGUAAUCUUACAUGGGAUGCUAUUUCCCAGUUAAUCUCCAUUCCUUUGGCUGCUAUCUUGCCUUUCCCUCAGCCAGAAGGAACAGACAAGCAAAACCAUGGAGCCAAAAAGAGUGUCACUCUGAUCUGGCCGACAAAUGGUGCUUAAAAUCAGGGCAGUCUGAGUGUAGCAAGUCUUUAGGGUAUGGGUGAACUUUCAGCACGGAAUCUGUACCUUUGUACCCAAAUCCAAUGUUGCAAAGCAAUGCUUUGUGUUCCCAUUUAAGUCCCCUGAACUAUUUGAGCACAACAUAUACAAUGCUAGAAGCAGAAAUGGUGCUGCAUUCUCACAGCAUGCAGCCUUACCAUGGGGUCUAACUUAGCAAACCAGUCAUAGUGUGAGCUACUGGAUUGCCAAACAGUCCUCUUACUGGUAUAAGAGUAUUGCCAGUCACUUGAAACUUGGGAGCCGAACAUGGGGGUCGUGUAGCUAUUUUGACCCUCUGUGUGUGGUGUAGGGUUGCCAACCCUCCAGGAUUGUCAUGGAGUCUCCAGGAGUUAAAGAUUAAUCUUCAAUUAAAGAUCAUCAUCUGAUGCAAUCUCCAGGAAUACAUCCAACCAAAAUUGGCAACCCUAGUGCUAUAUGAAUGCAUUCAGUGCUCUUUCCCAUGAGCUUGAUAAUGUCAGUUCAAUGACAUGUUUUGCUUUUGCCCUCCUUUUUCCAGAAAGCAAUAGGUUCAUGUCCAGGAUGGGGCAAGUGCUGCUGCACUGUCAGGACAUUGAGAAAUUGUGUGAUGUGCAGCCCUGACUGUUAAUAAGAAGCUUAAUAGACUCUUUGUAAUUAAAUAUUUUUUUUAAAUUAGUGUUUGCAGCCUUUUGUACUCUACAUUCUCCUUGGCUUUCAUCCACUGUGAAAAGAAAAAAAAAAUGCAGGUUAAGUGGCAUACUUGGGGUGCAGUCUUAUGAGCUGCUGAAUGUAGGAAUUGCUAAGCACUCUGAACUCUCAUUGAAGUUAAUGAGAGCUGAGGGUGACAGACCUCUUGCAAGACUGAGUCCUUAUAAAUCUUUUCUGUUAAAAGCUCCAAUACUUAAAUACCAAAACACUGGUAGGUUCGGGACCCUUAAAAAUCAGUCUUUGUUUGGGGAGGUUUUUGUCAAUUUGCAUUUUCUCGAGGUGCGUUAGCGGAGUACAUUGAACACUAGAAAACAGAUACAUUUUUCUUUUAAAGAAUGAGCUGUAGUGCCUAUUCUUGCUGCGGGUUAGCUGUCUAGGUUUUAAGGUACAGAAGUAAAAUGUUUGGUUUUUUUAAAAAAAUGGAAGUAACAUUUAGUAUAUUUCACACACUUCUUUUGUGUAUAUAAUGAGCGGUGUAAUUUGUAAUGAACGGGGCAGUUUUGUAUUUUAAAGAUUGCAAACUGCAGUGAAGGAACAGUAGCUAAGCACUACACUGAAAAACUCCAAACUGAAAUUGAGAUGAUGAAUAUUACUUGGGCUUACCUUAGUUCUGAUUGCUUACAGCAGCUUAGCAAUGUAUGUAUAUAAUGUGGUUAAGUGUAAUAAUCCCAAAGUUUUAACCAUGGUUCUGUGAUUCAUAAUAAAUAAAGCUGUACAAUUUACUUUGUGCUAGCAGCCUGGGACUGCUCCAAAAUAUGUAUCAACACUAGUAAAUACUGUAGAUUUUUAUAUAUAAAAUAUAUACACACUAUUUUCUUAUGUCCUCUGCAACAGUUUUUUAACUGUGUAUUCUAUUUUGAUGUGGUUGCAUUUUUAACAUGUAUAAUAAUAAUAAUAAAGUCUAUGUUGUUGUGUCUUUUUUUACCAUGUUUGAUUAUGCUUGUAGGCAAAAGCCAUAAUUCUGGUCUUCCCGGGAUAAACUAUUAUUUUUUAAAAAUUAACGGUAUACUCUUGUAUAAUGGUUGCCCUAUUUAAUUUGUCUGUAUGUGUUUUCUUUUAGACUGAGCAA